UUUCUUUUCUCUUUGAUAGAGUAAAGCAAUUAAAUGUGUUUUUGAAAAAACCCACUUCACCCACUAUAGGCCAUCUCUAACGUUCAUCAAAUGAAUCACCAAAUUCAAAUUUAUUGAAAAAUAUGUAUUUUUUGUGCUCUAAUGAUUUUAUCAAAACGGUUUCAAAUUGAGAAAAUAUCAAAUAUUUCAUCAGACUGAAGAUUUGGAAAGCAACCACCAUGGACGUUGGGUGGGGAAACACACCGGACGACCGGCAGGAUGUCCGGCUGGUUGUCCCCCGAUCAUCCAGUUAAGCAAACACUCGCCAGAACAGAUCUGGAUUCUAAUAUGCAUUGAGGAUGGGGGUGUUCCUACAAAAGACUCGCACAAUAUACUACGAGUUGCCUCACUUUCUUGGCCUUUUUCAGUCCAAUCCCGAUGACCCAUUCAUUCCCACCACAAGGUCCUUGCCACAGCUGAACAGUCCCAGAAGCCGCCUUCACAGACCACCCACCACAAGCACACCAGUCGUCUUGCUUCCGAACAUAGUCCGUACCUUCUUCAACAUGCUCAUGACCCGGUCAAUUGGUAUCCAUGGGGUGAAGAAGCAUUCGAGGAAGCUCGCAAGAGAGACGUACCCAUCUUCUUAUCAAUUGUGGGAAACUAUUGGACCAAGAACAACUACAACAAUGGUGGAAACAGCAACAACAACAAUUGAUAUGACUCUCUCUCCUCUCUUGGGUACUUCUCUAACAUGGCUUCCUUGAUCCCAAACAAUGGUAGAAACAGAAUAGAAAAUGGUUGGAUAAACAACCACAAAGUAUCAUUCUCAAAUGCAAACUCAAGUGACAAUUUUGCACUGACUGGUCGUCCGUUCGAUUAACUGGUAAUUUGAUGAAAAGUCAAUCCUUUAGUUGGAACAUGCGAUAUCAAAUAAAGGAAUUCAUCCUUUUUUUACUCAGAUUUGGUAAAAUUUUUAGUGAACCGUUGGAGAUAUCCAGAAGUGGGUUUAUGAUAUUCAAUAUCAGAUCUAAUGCGCUUGUUUUUAAAAAAGUAGUAAGGAGCAGCAUUAUAUAUCAUCAAUUCCUCUCUCACAAUAACACUCCCGCAAUUCAAGUUCAUGACAAUUUAACUUUGAUAUUACUUGUCAUGUCUCCUAAAACCAAUUAGUAUUAAUGAAACCUUUACUUUUGUCUUUUAUAGCAUUCGACAUUGUGUCUCACGGAUUUUUUUUUAGAGUAGUCAUAGGGAGUGACAUUAUGUACCAAUA